AUGGGUUUCACCGACUUCGUCUCUGAGGCUGGCCUUACUCUGGCCAACAACUACCUGGCCACCCGUAGCUACAUCGUUGGCAACUCCCCCAGCCAGGCCGAUGUUGUGAGCUUCAAGGCUUUCAGCGCCGCCCCUGACGCUGCCAAGUACCCCCACGCCGCCCGCUGGUACAAGCACAUUGCCUCCUACGAGGCUGAGUUCACCACUCUUCCUGGUGACGCCUCCAAGGCUUUCACUGCCUACGGCCCCGAGUCCACCGAGCUUCCCGUCAACCCCAAGGACAAGCCUGAGGAUGAUGAGGAUGAGGACCUAUUCGGUUCCGACUCUGAGGAGGAGGAUGCUGCUGUUGUCGCUGAGCGCAACAAGCGUCUUGAUGAGUACAAGGCCAAGAAGGCUGCUAAGGGCCCCAAGCCCGCCGCUAAGUCUCUGGUCACCCUGGAGGUGAAGCCAUGGGAUGAUGAGACCGACCUUGUCCAGAUGGAGGCCAACGUCCGCGCCAUUGAGCAGGAUGGUCUCGUUUGGGGUGCUUCCAAGCUGGUUGCUGUCGGUUUCGGUAUCAAGAAGCUCCAGAUCAACCUGGUCGUCGAGGACGAGAAGGUCUCCACUGAUGAGCUCCAGGGCCGCAUUGAGGAGGAUGAGGACCACGUCCAGUCCACCGACAUUGCUGCCAUGCAGAAGCUGUAA